GGAGGAAGACAACGAAAUUUGUGCAGGGAAUCGUUUUGAAGCCGGCGAAAGGGGCUGCAGGGUUUAGGCGCAGCUCUGCCUGUGAGGGGAAAUCAGCCUUUAGUUUUUUUGUAUUUAUGCCCUCGCUGUUUGACUGCCGUGUCCAGUGAAGGGACGGAACAUUCCUCUGAGAAUCAGCGUCCGGCCGGAGCGCGGGGCGGUGCCAAACCGGAGAUGGCGGCCGUGUGGCGGCGUGUCUUCUCCUCGGCGGCGGCUGGUGGCCGAAUCGGGCUUUGGGCGCGGCUCCGGGACUCCAGAGCGGGCUUGUGGAUGCAGAGUCUACUGAUUGAUUACCGAGAGGCAUGUAAGGAGCUCGUUGUGGGAGCCAGGGAUAACCCGGGCAAAGCAGCCUUCUACUGCCUGCUCCUGGCCGGAGCGGGCACCUGCGCCUACAACAGCCCUACAGACAGAUCCUUCCAAGCUGCGCUGAUGGAGUCGUCGAACCAACUGCUGCUCCUCUCCCCCUGGGUUCGGAGUGGUCGAGCAGAUCAGCACGUCCAGAAGCUGAUUACAAUGCAGAACCAGGGCCGUCUCCGUCACCAGAGCCUGGUCCUCUUCUCCCUGAUGUACGCAGCUCCUUAUGAUGCAGACACCAGCAUCUACGAUGCACAGUGCAAGUACCUUGUGCCACGCUGGUCAGACUUCCCGAGCAGGGUUUUAGAUGUUGGGUUUCUUGGCAGGUGGUGGGUACUUGGCUCAAAGAUGAAAGACUGGGACAUCAACGAUGACGAGUUUGCCCACUUGCCCCCUGAGCUCCAAAAGGUCACCUCUCAGAAUCUUCACUCAGCUGAGAACGAGAGACUGUUUGAGUUAAAGUUCCAGCCUGUUGUUCUUCAGGAGGAGGACAUACAGGAGAGAGGAAGCGGCUGACGGGCGCUGCGUGUGGGCCACAGCGUGAAACAACACACCUACUUGUGUCUUCGAAUAGAACAGCACAGAGGCAGCCCUUUGGCCCACCAGGACUCUGCUGGCCGUGGUGCCAAACUGUACGGGGUCUGUAUCCCUCCGUUCCCAGACCAUUCGUGUGUCUUUCUAAAUGUCUCGUAAGAUCUGCAGUCCACUUCCUCACCUCUCUGGCCCUCUUUGUUGGUAAAGUUCGAAGGCACACUGCUGUAAGAUUAUUUACAAAAUAAACAGUAAUGAAGAGAUUGUGUUGCAAUGUGGUGUGAACCUAUUAUGAAGCACACUACCUAACACCUCCCCACUCAAGACUGUUGAACAAGUGAUUGACCUGAAUUCUGCAUAUUCUGUCACCCCUCUCCUCUAUUUAUCCC